AUGAACCCGAAGAAAUGUGCUUUUGGUGUUACCGCCGGGAAUUUCCUCGGUUUCUUGGUUCACCAACGAGGGAUCGAGGUAGAUAAAAAUAAGGCUACGGCCAUUAUGGCGGCCCCUCCGCCGAGGACUAAGAAGGAGCUCCAGUCCUUCCUCGGUAAGGUGAACUUUUUACGGCGUUUCAUAUCCAAUCUGGCAGGGAAAAUACGGCCGUUGUCUCCCUUGCUCAAACUGAAAGACACGGAACGGUUCGUAUGGGGGACAGAGCAUCAGGUGGCCCUCGACGACAUCAAGAAAUAUUUAUCCCAACCGCCGGUCCUUAUGCCGCCAAAAAGAGGGAAACCAUUGAGGCUUUACAUUUUGGCUUCAGAGGGCUCUAUCGGCUGUCUGCUGGCUCAGAACAACGAGUCUGGGCGCGAACAAGCGGUGCACUAUCUAAGCCGCACCCUCAACACAGCCGAAUUAAACUAUUCACCGAUCGAGAAAUUAUGCCUAGCGCUUUAUUUCGCGGCCACCGAGUUGCGGCAUUACAUGCUUCCUUCGGUCGUUCAAAUCAUCUCCAGGACUGAUCUCAUCAAAUAUAUGCUUACUCGGCCGAUCAUACGCGGCCGAAUUGGGAAGUGGACGAUGGCAUUGUCCGAAUUUACCUUUCAAUACGUAGCUCAGAAAUCGGUCAAGGGUCAGGCACUGGCCGAUUUCCUAGCUCAUUACCCGGCCCAAGGACAAGAAGAGGAGUUGGAGGUCGAGAUCGGUAUGGCCCGCAUGGAAAAGAAUUAUUGGACCAUGUACUUCGACGACUCCAGCACCGAGGCUGAGUACGAAGCGCACAUCAUCGGUCUCGAGAUUUUGAAAGAAAUGAAGGCAACCCGUGUUUUGGUCUACGGCGACUCUCAGCUGGUGGUUAACCAACUGACUGGGGAAUACCAAUGCACGAGCGAGAACUUAGCCAUGUAUUAUGUAACGGCCCUCAACACGGCCGAUAGUUUUUCUAGAAUUUCCUUUGUUCAUAUACCGCGCGCCGAGAACGGCGAGGCCAAUGAGAUGGCCCAGGUAGCAUCAGGCGUAAACAUCCCGAACACCGACCCCGAUCGCGUGAUAAGGAUCGAGAGGCGUACCUUGCCAGCUUUGGCCGAACGAGGAAUGACAGCGCAAAACGAGCUGUAUCGAAAAGGAUCAGAUGGUUUAUUACUCCUAUGUCCCAGAGCCGAGGAUAUCAAGGUCAUCAUGACUGAAUCCCACGAGGGGAUUUGUGGUGCUCACCAGUCCUUAUUACUCCUAUGUCCCAGCGCCGAGGAUAUCAAGGUCAUCAUGACUGAAUCCCACGAGGGGAUUUGUGGUGCUCACCAGUCCGGGGUUAAGAUGAGGUGGUUGGUUCGGAGGCACGGCUAUUACUGGCCGACCAUUUUGAAAGAUUGCAUAGAAUAUGCAAAGGGAUGCAUCAAGUGUCAAAUCUACGGCCCCAUACAAAGGGUACCGGCCGAAGCCUUCCACCCGGUUAUCCAGAGAAGCCGUACACCAUCCAGCAGCAGUGCCGAGGCAAGUAACAAAGUAAUCAAGGGCAUCCUUGAGAAGAUGAUCGAGGAAAAACCUAGGGCGUGGCACGACUUGCUCCCCGAAGCUCUUUGGGCUUACCGAACCUCAAAGCGGUCGGCCACGAGUACAUCUCCUUACACCUUAACCUACGGUCACGAUGCCAUCGUUCCAAUGGAGUUAAAGGUUCGGUCUCUCCAUGUGGCCAAGCAGCGUGAACAAGAAAAGGGGGAUUAUGCACAAGCCAUGGCUCAGGAGUUGGAAGAUUUGGAGCAAUCUAGACUCGACGCUUAUAACCUCAUGCAGGCACAGAAGUAG